AUGGCAUUCAGAGCGAUCGUCCUCUCAUGCGUCCUCCUCCUCGUGUCGACGUCUGCCUUGGCGCAGCGUGGUCCGCCUGUCGGAGGUCCUCCCGGCGGGAAUUUGACGGCCGAUGUCGGCGCGCGGCUCGCCAACUGCUCCGCGGAUCAGAAGAUCCUUGACGGCCGAUUCCACCUCGCCGUCUUCAAAAACGCCACCGGCAAUUACAAUCUGCUCGUCGAGGCGCUCCUGGUGGACGCGGCGGGCAGUCCGCCCGACUCGCUCGCGAUCGUGAAAGGCGCCGUGUGCGACACCGCCGCGACGGGCGUGCUCGCUCUGCCGCUCGCCGCGACAAAUUGGCAGCAGCGCGCGGGGUGGCUGCUGCACGCGGAGGCGCGCCUCGACGCGUUCCUGGAGAACGCGGACGCCGCCACCGUCGACGCGCUGCUCGCCGUGCUCCCGACCGCCUCGCCUCCGCCCACCAGUGGUGGCGGGCGCAACGGCGCAGGCAACGCUGGCGGAGGCAGCGCGGGGGCCGCGCGGAACGGGCAGGGCGGGAGGCGCAUGGGGCGGGAGCUGCUGAUGCGUGCAUUCGGCCGCGCUGCCAGGCAGGGGGACAGAAGCAGGGGGGGCAGCAGCAGGGGGGGCAGCAGCAGCAGGGGGGAGCACAGCAACCGCCUGCAGGUGGCUUUUCAGGUGGCUUUCCAGGUGGCGAUGGCGGAGUGA